AUGAAACCAUAUCGACGAACAAACAAAGCCUUCAUGGUGCAACUUCGUUCUUCAUCUGGUUUUGGCCGAGUGCGGGUUCUAUGUAAGGAAUUUCUGGGAGACAUCAAAUCACUGUGGAAAUACGGCGCACCGUUUCCCACGUUCCUCAAACUUAUUGGGACAUUGCUCUUGUGCCUUAUAGUUAUGAUGCCUUUAAUCUACCCAUUAUUCAUAUUCGCUGUUACAUACGUCACUUGUGAGAGUUUGUUCCUAAGUUGGUGGCUUGAUCAACCGGAACGAUUUCAACCAAUCGGAAUAUUAAAACGUGGUUUAUCGUUCGUAUUUCGACCAUUCAGCCCAUCAGAUACGUGGAAAGUCCGCGAAGUUCUCACUCGAGCUAUAUUACUUGCCCAUUCAUUCGCUACUUCUGUGGACUAUCUCUGUGUUAUGCAGGGCUUACUUGAUGAAACUUAA